AUGCUACUAAAAGCAUUAUUCGUGUUGCUCUUGGGCCUUUCGGUUCAAUUUGUUUUCAAAACUUUGUUGAUGAUGGAUAUAAACAAAAGAGUGUAUAAUCAUCGUCCAGGAGAAUGCAGAAAAGUUGAAGGACCAAAAGAUGAAGAAGGAUUCUACCCACACGGGCUGUCCCAUUGGGUUAUGAAUGAUGGAACUAUUCGAUUAUUUGUUGUCGUUCAUUCGAAAACUUUCAAACAUUCCGUUGUGAUUCUGGAUUAUGACGAUAGGAAACAACACUUGAAUCACGUAAAAACGAUACGAGAUGAUACAUUUAUCCGACCAAACGAUAUAGUGGCAACUGGAGAGAACUCGUUCUUGCUCUCUAAUGAUGGAGGUGCUCAGACUGAAUUGGGAAAUAUGUGGGAAGUUAUCAGUGGAUUUUAUAGAGGAGGAAUAGUGUAUUUCGAUGGGAACAAAUCACAUUAUUUGAUGGAGAACCACGUGGCAAACGGAAUUUCCUUGUCUCGAGAUGGUAACACACUUUUCGUGUCGCAUAUCAAUCAGGAGACAAUUGGAGUUUAUUCCUGGAACCAAGAAAAAAUUUCCCUGAAGAAAAUAUCCGAAAUUGAAACUCUCACUGGUUGUGAUAAUUUCUAUAUUGACAAAGAUAAUCACAUGUGGACGGGUUGCCAUCCAGUAACGAAAGAUGUUCUUGCUCACUUUGGAAAUCGUUCGGAUCCAUCUCUUUAUGGCCCAUCUCAAGUUCUUCGCAUCACAUUUUCGAAAGGCUGA